GUUUCGGAGCACGUUCAGUUGACAGGCGUCGCCGUUGCUACUCGAUUCCGAUAACAACACAAGCGAAGGCACGGAGCUGUCGCGAGAUACGCGCCUCUAACUGGAUUAAGCCGAGAAAAGCCGUUUUGGACGGACCGAGCUGAAGGCGGAUGAGCGCAGCCCGCGGGAGGGCAAGUGUGUUUCUGCGGCGGGGUCCAGUCAGCGAAAGAUGAACAAAAACCACCGAGUGCCGAGCAACCGAACUCUGAACGCCGUGGAGGUGAAGAGCAAGUUUGGAGCAGAAUUCAGGCGUUUCUCUUUGGACCGAUCCAAGCCGGGACGCUUCGAUGAGUUCUAUGGCUUGCUGCAGCAUGUGCACCGGAUCCCCAACGUCGAUCUGCUUGUGGGUUACGCCGAUGUCCACGGGGACCUACUGCCAAUCAACAACGAUGACAACUACCAUAAAGCAAUCUCCGUGGCAGCGCCCCUGCUCCGUCUCUUCUUGCAGCGGAAAGAGGAGGCAGAUUAUUCUGCAUUCAGCACGGAUACUGUGACCCGUAAGAAGACCCCGGCGGCGCUUGCAGCGGUCCUCCUUCGACCGGACGCCAACAAGAAGAAGCCUCCUAUCAUCAUCAGCCUGCCCAAAGAUUUCCGGCCAGUGUCCUCCAUCAUCGACGUGGACAUCCUCCCAGAGACGCACCGCCGAGUCCGCCUCUACAAACAUGGUCAGGAGAAACCACUGGGCUUCUACAUCCGUGAUGGUUCCAGCGUGCGCGUUACACCCCAAGGCCUGGAAAAGGUCCCGGGCAUCUUCAUCUCCCGCAUGGUCCCCGGAGGCCUGGCGGAGAGCACAGGACUGCUGGCUGUCAACGACGAGGUGCUCGAAGUCAAUGGCAUCGAGGUGAGCGGAAAGUCUUUGGACCAAGUAACGGACAUGAUGAUCGCUAACAGCCACAACCUCAUUAUAACCGUCAAACCAGCCAAUCAGCGCAAUAACGUGGUACGCAGCAGCGGAGGCGGCAGCUCAGGACGAUCUUCUGACAGCAGCACCAGUUUUUAUGGUUACUCAACACCGGGUUCAAUGGCGAUGACCCCGUCCCAUAUUAUCCAGAACUAUGAACCGGACGAGGAGAGCGAGGAGGAGGAGGAUCUGGUGAUCGAGGCGAACGGAGGGGCUAAACUUAUUCCGCAGGCAGGGGCGAGGGCGACAGCCAGCACCAGCAUGCCCGCCCUGCCCAGAUACGAGCCCCACCUCGACCUUCGCCCCUCAAAUGGUACCAUGGCAAGCAGCGUGAGCGUGGGGUCUCUGAAUGCCCGUGACAGGGUUUUAGAAGGGCGAAAUCUAGAGGAGGAGGGCACAGUCAUUACACUGUAAAGACACACACAGCGUAUAAUCACACACACACACGCGCCAAUACAUACUCUUGUGUGCCAUAGGACUGAAAAUGCAUGUCCAGGACCAAAAGAGAAGGCCAGUCACCACAGCACCUUACAGCACUUCUCUAUAACAACAGGACCAGGUAGUUCUCAUCAUCAAACCUGUGGAGAGCAGCACAGCACCAAAAAUAGCUGCUUCUUGAGUAAUAAUGAACUUCCUGAGUCAGUACGAUUGAAUGAAUGCAGACGGCACCGUAUGAGUCAUGACAAUCUUUUUUUACUUUGACAACCACUCCCUUCAGAGCCUCGAGGCUCUAGCGUUAUCAGAGAACAAAGUACAAUGGGUUUUACCCAUCCUCUGCGUUACCAUGGUAACUGAGUCUGAGCUACAGAACUUCAGAAGAAACUGAAAUCUGCUCUUCAUCCAUUCCCGUCUGCAACACUAACACUCUCAGCUUACCGAUUCUUUGUGGUAUUCAAGGGAAUUGUGAACCUUUGUGGGGCUUGAGUGAAUAUUUGGGACAUAUUUUCAUGUGAGUGGACAGUUGUAGACUGCUGCCUCGGUUAAGAUACAGAUGUCUUUUAUUAUCAUCUCAGAAGUUUUUAAUCAUAGCCAAAAAGUCAGAUGAUUAAUGUCAUAUUUUUCAUACUGAUAUGUUUUAUUGGUAUCACUUAUAUUUCUUUAUGACAAGGGCUAUCAUCCUGCUCUUUGCUACCUGUGGUUUAUUUUACCCAUUGAUCUUUACUUGAUAACCCUGUGUGGGGUUUUUUAAUACAUAAUUAUCAAUAAUGUUUCAAGGGAGCGCUCUGAUGUGGGCACUCGGUUGUUUCAUUUAUGAAGAGUGUCUCUACCGUGACACUUUUCACUAAGGUUCAGCUCGUUAACAUUAGAUAGAUCAGCCAAAAAUGAAAAUUCUGUCAACAUUUACUCAGAUCUCAUGUCAUUUUAUAACAUUUCUUUCUUCUGUGGAGCAUAAAAGCAGAUAUUUCCAUACAUGGAGAGUUCCGGUUGGGAACAACAUGGUGGUGAGUAAAUGAUGACAGAAUUUACUUCUUUUUUUGGGGGGGGGGUGAACUAUACAGUACAUUUAAUGUAUUAGGUAUCAUAACUAACUAUUAAUGAUAAUUUUAACAUUUAAAGUUGUUUAAACAAACAUUAGAUAACAUAUCAUGAGUCAUGAACAAUAUUAUAUGUAUGAAUCAGCAUUAACCAGGAUUAAUAAAAGCUGUAAAAAUGGUUCAUUUUUGGGUUCAUGACACAUAACGCAUUAUUUAAUGUUAACAAAUUGAACCUUAUUUUAAAGUGUUACCUCUAACAAUAAGUGUUGCAGUCGAAUUAUGGAGAAAACAACCAUUCAUUUGUAGUGAAUUACUAUGAAUAUAUAUCAACAUAUUCAGUAUCUUUUCCUCUUUGUAUGUAAAAGGUUUUUAAUAUUUUUUUUCUUUUUUGUGCAUGACAGCAGAGUACCAGCCAAACCCUUCAGAAAGUAUGUAACAGUUGGGUUUGUUUCAACAUUUCUAUGGGACAGACAUUAUUUCCUCACAUGGAUCAAUUAUUUUUUUUUUUUUUAAUUCAGCUGGUUGAAAUCUGUUGUGAAGUCUUGUCAAAAAUGCACAAUUAAUCAUAUUGUCAUCUAACUUCCAUACCCUCACAAACCCUUCACUCUCUGUGUACGAUAAAGUGAGGUCUUCCUACUUGAGUGAUAAUUAUGAUUUCUAAAAACGACCUCUUAUACGAAUGACUGGAAAAAUGAACAAAUAUUAUGCUCUUAUUUUGAAAGCAUUCCUUUUAAGUUCAAAUGACUGUAGGUACAUUUCUCCCCUUUUCGUCCUUAUACAUACAUAUCAUAAUGAUAUGCAUGAUGUCACAGCUGUAAGCUUUAAUAUUAACUUCUGAGAUCUCAAAGUGUGUGUCACUGGAUACACGGGAAGAGACUGACAGGAGACAGAUGUGCCUACGCUCUUACAGUUAGGACCUGCUGUUGGAGAAUUAGCCGAAGUAGCCUUUCAUUAGCUCCCCUUUUUCUCGUUUUAUAAUCGCUGAUGAGAAUCGCUUUUCAUAGCACUUACAUUACCAAACCUGCUUGGAGUAGCACACGCACUGUAGCUGUGAUCAUACACACCACUUCAUCCUGAUCAUUCAUUUUUUAUGGUACAAACGACAUAUUGAAUGGAGUCUUUAGCUGUGUUAAUUUAUUUUUAUAUUAACCACUACAUACAAUUUGGGAUUGUAACCACAGAAGUCUUAUUUAUUUUAAAACAGACUAUGUAUUUUUACUAUUUUGCUUUGUUUUAGCUGACAUAAAAACCUCAUCAUUUUGAUUUUUUUUUCAUCUCUACAAAAUGGUGUUCUAAUUUUUCCACUAGCGUCUUUGGUGGAACUUAACGCUCCGACCUUUAGGGGGUUAAUAGAAAUAUGAAGAAUAGCUUGCUAUUUUCCAAACUGUGAAUAUCUUUGCAUUUCUAAAGGAGACCAUAUAUCUAUGAGAACCUGCUUUGAGAGACAUAGAAAUGGGCUUUUAAGCAUUAUCGUUCAUGUGUCAAUUUCUCUUUUUGAUAAUGAGCUUGCCAGAUAAAUCUUAAGGUAUAGAUUUGUACUGAAAUUGUCAGUAUUUUCUUAUUAGUACUACAUGAUGUAAAUUUGUUUCACAUAAUGAAACUUUUAAAAGGAUAAAUACUAUAUUAAGACAUAGAUGCACAUGUAUUAUAGUCAAAUCUUGGAUGAAAUAAACUAAUAUGUAGAAAAUCA